GGCCCAUUCUGAUAUCGAAAAAGCCACGCAAGUCGCGAGGUCGAUGUUGGGUUUAGUCUGCUUUAAUGAAGAAACUAAUAUUAGUAGCGAGACGAAGAAAGUAAUUGAUUCUGAAAUUAAAGCUUUAUGCCAGUCUGCUUAUGAAAAAGCAAAAAAUAUAAUUAAAUCUAACGAACGGCAACUUCAUCUAAUUGCUGAAGCUCUCUUAGAUAAAGAAACUCUAUCAGCCGAAGAGUUAUACAGAGUCGUGGGGCUGAAGAAUCCAAAAGUCAAAGCUAAUGCUUGAAGCAGAAAAGAAAUUCGUUAAACUCCUUUUAUUUUA